GCGAUAGCAAUAAGAAUUUACAAUUACCUUUAUUUAAUUAAACAAGACUAACUAAAUAUGUCUACUAAUCAGACAAUUGAAAUGUUAAGACCAUAUAUGAAAGAUUUUGACAGUAUUGUUUUACCCUAUUGGUACAAAUUUCAACAACCACAUCCAUAUUAUCAGUAUACAAUUGGAUUAUUCAUUGCAUGCGUUGGAAUCACUGGUGUAUGCCUUAAUUUAUUAGUCAUCACAUUUUUUACAACAGUUAAAUCACUACGAACGCCUUCAAAUAUGCUUGUUAUAAAUUUAGCAAUAUCAGAUUUUGGUUUUUCCGCAGUUAACGGUUUUCCUCUAAAAACCAUCUCUGCAUUCAACAAAUUUUGGCCAUGGGGAAAAACUGCUUGUGAUCUGUAUGCUUUAUCGAGUGGACUUUUUGGUUUUGUAUCUCUGUCUACGAUAGCCGCUGUGGCAGUAGAUCGUUAUAUGGUGAUUGCAACUCCCUUUGAAAGUGUAUUUCAAACAACUAAUAGGAGAACAAUAAUUCUAAUGUUAUUCUUGUGGCUUUGGUCUCUCAUUUGGACGAUCCCACCACUGUUUGGAUUUGGUCGAUAUGUUCUAGAAGGAUACCAAACAUCAUGUACAUUUGACUACAUAUCUACAGACCUUACCAAUCGAUUGUUCAAUAUUGGUUUAUUCGGCUUCGGUUUCUUGUGUCCAUUGUUUCUAUCGAUAUUUUGCUACUCCAGAAUUGUUAUGAUUGUUAGGAGACGAGGCAAGGAUUUUAUGGAGAUGGCAGCAAGAACAAGCACCAAGAGUGAUAAUCAAAAGAAUAAGACUGCCACUGUAUCAUCAACAAAAUCUGACAGUUUUGUGCUCAAAUCAGCAGCUAUACUGUUAGGUGUUUAUUCAAUAUGCUGGACACCGUAUGCUGUUAUUUGUUUCAUAGCUUUUAUCGGUUAUCCUCAUAUUCUUACACCAAUAAUGGUUGAAAUACCUUGUCUUGUUGCUAAAACAGCAGCUGUAUGGGAUCCGUGUAUCUAUGCCUUCAGAUAUCCUAGAUUUCGUGCACUUUUAGAGCGUAAAUUUGGUUUAUCAUGCUUUGCAGGGAAUAAACGCAAGAUUGGCAGUACUUCCAAAGCAGAAGCUUCGACUCUAUGUCAAGUUGACGAUUAGAAAUCAUUUAUGGGAAUGAUGGAAAUAGAAAAUGAUAUUUCACUUUAAUGUGCCUCAGUGUAUCUCUUCUAUAAUCAUCUUUCUCAUCACUAUUAUUAUUACUAUUAUUAUAAUUGUAUUAGAAAAGUUGUAAUUAACUAGAGUUAUCUUUACACAAGAAUAUCUGAUUACUCAGAAAACUACAUUUGUUAUUUCCAUUAUUUUUUAAUACAAUGUAAAAAUUGUUGAGCUGAAAUAGUUGUUAGUAAAAACAAAAAUAGAAUAAAACAAUAGAACAUUUGAAUAAUUUGGUGUUCCAAAGAGUCGCAGCAUGGUUUUACUAGUCAGCAGUUUUAUUUUUACAAAUAAAAACUUUUUGAAAACUGAUAGCAAUGAACAA